UCUGAACAGAGCCACGGGGGUGAUCUGUGAAUCAAUAACCCGUAGUCCCCCCUGGCAGUCCUAUCAUGCCUCCCUGCCACACCUCUCUGCGCGAGACAAGGACGGGGGGUCACGGAGAGGUCCCGGCGGAGGGGCCCGCGACGGCUAUGGCGCCCCCUGUAGGCUGGGAGGUCAGUCUGAGCGCUCGGGAGUGGGGCAGCCGACCUCCAGGAAGAGCAUGAGGUUCGGGGGCUCAGCCACAGCCGACCUGGGGUGCAGAACAGGAAGCCGGCUCUCCAGCGAGCUCCGGAACCUGAGCGAGGAGGACUUCCCCAGGAGGAAGCCGAAGGCUCGUGGGGAAAAAGCCCCGGCUGAGGCUGAACUCCAGGGCACUGAAAUCGUGUUUGGCGCGGCCCCCUGCCUCCUGGCUCUCUCCCAGGGCAGGAGGAGGCUGUGCAGGCUCUUCGUGAAGCAGGGCCUUGCCCUGCAGAGGCCGGACCUGCAGCAGGCGUGCCGGCAGGCCCAGAGCAAGCAGGUGGAGGUCCAGCAGGUGAACCGGAAGGAGCUGGACAGGCUGGCCUCAGGCAGGGUCCACCAGGGCCUGUGUCUGGAGGCCAGUCCCCUGGGCUACCAGACAGACGAUCCCGCCCCGGAGGGAGAGCCAGGCCGGGACUCGGCAGGGCCCCCUCUCUGGCUGGUUCUGGAUGGGAUCCAGGACCCGAUGAACCUGGGAGCCAUUCUGCGCUCUGCCUAUUUCCUGGGGGUGGACAGGAUCGCCAGCAGCCUGCGGAACAGCUGCCCCUUGACCCCGGUGGUGAGCAAGGCCAGCUCGGGAGCCAUGGAGGUCCUUGAAGUCUACGGCUACGACAGCCUGGCGGAUGUGCUGAAGGCAAAAUUGAGCAGGGGCUGGCAUGUUGUUGGCACAGUGGGCGCUGCCGAGGCAGAUAUGGGCAUCCCUGUCCUGUCAUGUUCUGAAUUCCAGCAGACCAAGCCCACUUUGCUGGUUCUCGGCAGCGAGGGCGACGGACUGACCCCCGAGCUGAGGGCGCUGUGCCAGGCUCACCUCACCAUCGCCCCACGCCGCGACCUGCACCCCGGCGUGGAGUCCCUCAACGUCUCCGUGGCCGCAGGUAUUCUGUUGCACUCUCUGAUCUCCAGCAGGAGGAAGGAACGGUGCUGACCGCUGUACUGUGUUUGCUUUGGAUGCGAUCCCAGCCCGCGCUACAGUGCUUAAAGACUGGAUUACGGCAUCAAUUAGCAAUCGGAGCAUUCGGGGACCUGAUUGAUUGACUUUGCUAAUGCUGUGCGGCGUGCUGGCAGGGCUGCAGGCUGCAGGCCGCGCUGUUUGAACAGCUGUGAAGGGGCCGGUCCCAGAAUGCUGAGCGGCAUUCCGUCACUCCCGGGACGAACCCAGAAAGCAGCUGGCCGCUCGGGCGCCGCUCGGCCGAGAACGUCACCUGUCCCUAUUCUCCCUCUGCGGCUUCUCUCUCUUCUUCUCCUCCGAUCUGGUGCAGGGCAGGUCGGGAAAGACCUGUGUCCUUUCGGGGCAAAUGUUGCGUCUGUACACACUUGGAUACAGCCUCCAAUGCAGAGCAUGGUGCGGGACUUUCUACCUGUUGAACUCUGCACGGAGGAGAAGUCGGCCGUUGUACAGCAAAAUAAAUGAGUCGUUCUGAAA